AAACUGCGGCGAGAUCCCAGGCGCGAACGAAAGCAGUGACGGAGCAGCCUGGUAACCGGCCUGGCUGCAACAGGGUAGACUCUGCUCCAUCUUCCUUGUUCCUGCUCCUGUGCCAGUAGCACCAGUACGGCUGCCUGUGAACUGGAUCAGAGAGUUGGUCCAGGCUAGAAAUUUGUUGUGUUUCCUUGUCUGUAACUAAAUGACCAUGGAAUCUGGAGCAGAGAACCAGCAGAGUGGAGAUGCAGCCGGUACAGAGGCAGAAACCCAACAGAUGACAGUACAGGCACAACCACAGAUUGCAACGUUAGCCCAGGUAUCUAUGCCAGCAGCUCACGCAACAUCUUCUGCACCCACGGUGACCUUAGUUCAGCUGCCCAAYGGGCAGACGGUUCAAGUGCAUGGAGUAAUUCAGGCUGCCCAGCCAUCAGUUAUUCAGUCUCCACAGGUCCAGACAGUUCAGAUCUCCACUAUAGCAGAAAGUGAAGAUUCACAGGAAUCAGUAGACAGUGUCACAGACUCACAGAAACGAAGAGAAAUUCUUUCCAGACGACCCUCCUACAGAAAAAUUUUGAAUGACUUGUCCUCAGACGCCCCAGGAGUGCCAAGGAUUGAAGAAGAAAAGUCAGAAGAGGAAACAGCAGCACCUGCCAUCGCCACUGUUACGGUGCCAACUCCCAUUUACCAAACCAGCAGUGGGCAGUACAUUGCUAUCACCCAAGGAGGAGCAAUACAGUUGUCUAACAAUGGCACAGAUGGAGUACAAGGUCUCCAGACAUUGACGAUGACCAAUGCAGCUGCAACCCAACCUGGCACCACCAUCUUACAAUAUGCACAGACCACAGAUGGACAGCAGAUACUUGUACCCAGCAACCAAGUUGUUGUACAAGCUGCCUCAGGAGAUGUGCAGACCUACCAGAUCCGCACGGCCCCGACCAGCACCAUUGCACCGGGAGUGGUGAUGGCAUCCUCUCCUGCACUCCCSACCCAGCCGGCAGAGGAGGCCGCACGGAAGAGGGAAGUGCGUCUAAUGAAGAACAGAGAGGCAGCACGUGAAUGUCGCAGGAAGAAAAAGGAGUAUGUGAAAUGUCUAGAAAAUCGAGUGGCUGUGCUUGAAAACCAAAACAAGACACUGAUUGAGGAGUUGAAAGCACUUAAGGACCUUUACUGCCACAAAUCAGAUUAAUUUUGGAUUCUCAUUUUCACUUGUCCAGAUGGGAUAGAGACUGGUUCUGGCUAUAUCCAGACAGACAAACUUUUUAUUUUCUAAACAUUUCUUUUUUUCUAUGCGCAAAACUGCCUGAAGCAACUACAGAAUAUACUUCAUCUGUGCUUUGCAUCAAACUGUGAAUGUUCAAGUACUUGCCUCCACUUCUCCCCUUACAAGAUGAAUUUCAUCAUCAAUCUCAGCGUGAAGAAGAACAGGCUUCUUUCUCGUCUCCCAGUCCUCUUGAAGGAGUAACAGUGGUCACUUGGGAAGGUACUGUGGGGAGGGUCCUUUUGUAAAGAUGUCAAGAAUUUGUGCUGAGCUCUUUCCAUUGCCUUAGAGAGACAAAACCACCCCAGCCUCUUGGUCCAGAGAACCGAGGGCCACAAAGGUGGAGCAUGUAUGGUACAUUGAAGAAGCAAUGGUUGCCAAAUUGGUUUCACACAUUCACGAUGAACUGUACAAAUACACGGCUAAGCAGCAUGCCAAACGAAGGGCGCUUCACUGUCACCUUCUUGGUGUGGAGAUAACAGACCUUUUUCAAACUAGCCCAGGAGGAAGUUUGAUUUAGAAUGUGUAUUAAACUCUCCUAGACUAGUAAAACCUUCUCCAUACCUCAGAAACAAAUGCAUUGAGAUAGCUUCACUGGUCAGUUGUUGCUUCUCAUAGCGUAUGUGUGCAAGUGUGCUCACUCUCUGAAUGCACAGAAAAGAGACACCAACUUCAUAGGAUAUAGUUUGGGAAAUGAUAUUUGGAUGGGAAAGAAAAUUUUAAAAAAGAUGCAACAGUGAUGUUCUGAAAACAGUCACAUGGUAAGCAAGAGUAACACUUGAAAGCACUACCUGUUUGCAUGCAGAACAACUAAGCAGUUGAAGCAYGGCCAACUCCACUUAAGUACUCCCUGAUGACAGUAUGGUCUGUGUCCCAAGUCCUCUUAAGCCAUGAGGUUGUUUUUAUUUCCCUACCACUGUCUUAUGCAAGGAAAUUAUCAAACUUGAUGGAAAUGUCAGCCUGGUUUGCUAAAUUCUUUUUCAAACUUCGAGGCUGCCUUCUGUACAUAAAUUAAGUCACAGUAUGACAACUAUUAGGACAACCUCAAAUACUGAAGAGGAUUUCCAACACAAAUAUUCCAGCUCCUGCUUCAUGAGGGACAAUACCGAUUAUUUGAACCUGGCCAGGUCAGCUAAACUCUUAAUUUAUUUGGGGUAUUUUUUCACAGAAAGGGUCAGAUAUACUGAGUAAUCAGUUCCUGCAACCAAAAUUACUCAUGUGCCUCAGAUGUUUGCAAGAUCAGUUUUUUUUUCUGUGCACUGAGGAACUGUGAUYUUUUCCAGAUUUAUGGUGUUAAAAAAGGUAGUUCAUUUUUAAAAAAAAACUCUUUACUAAGCAUUAGGUGUUCAGAAGAAUCAUGCUCAAAAGGAACCAAAAAAGAACGUCAAGAARUGGUCAAAAAGAAUGUGUCAAAAAGAAUCAUGUGCAGUUUGUACUGGCCCUCUGAAGCCAGUCUCUCUCUAUGUGAACUUGGGUCAUUUGAUGGAGUGAGUUUACUUUGGUCUUCUGGUCAAACUUUUAUGUAUAGAAACAUGGAUAAGACUCUGGUCUGUACUAAUGCCUUGCCUAGCAGAGCAUUAGCUAAUAUUUUUUCCCAUUCACUCUGUUUUUAASAUAAAUUUCACACACAAGCUUCUAAAAGGUUAUACAAUCAAUGUGAUGUUAUAAGAAAAAUAUUUGGAAGACUCUGGCAGUUGCGUCUCAAAAACCUAAGCAGUAUUAAAAGUUGUAGAUUUCUCAUUUGAGAGGGCAUUCAGUUUCCAAGAGACUUAAUUUAAAAGGAGCAGAAUUAAGCUUACAGCAUUAUUGUUAAAUCUUAGAGUUAUCAAGAAUUUCAAAUUACACUUGUAUUUUAAGAAGAACAUAAAUAUCAGAAAUGUGAAAUAACUUUCACAAGUUUUGUGAGGGUUUAUAAAUGGUCUAUUUUUAUCUGCCAUAGAGAGUUGAUCUUUGUGUUUUUAUUUAAUGGGAGAUGAAUUUAUUAGUUUAGCAAUGCAAAUUUAAAGAAGACCCUAAGUUCUCAGAAAUGCUUUUAUAAAAAUGGUCUGAUUCUUAAAAUCAGUGAAUACAAGUAUAUAAAACGGUUUCAUUUUCCAGAACUGGUACCAAAGURGAAAUGUUGAUAAUACAGGAAUCAUCCUUGUAAAACAUGAAGCUCAUGGUGGCCUCACUUGCAAUUACAUGGAAUAGUUCCUCCAGCUUUGAGAAACAGAAAAGGCUGUAUAUGCCCACAUUAGGGCUGUUUGUUUUGUAGAAUAUGUGUUUGCAAAAAYGUCAGGUUUUGCUGUGAACCUGAGUGAGGCGAGCUGGGCUCUCAGAACUGUGUCUAGUGGGUGGCAAACMCUGUCUAGAGCUUGCUGAUAGUCCCUGGGCACAAAGCCUGGGAGCUGAAKGGGCAUGGGAGCCUAAAACAGUGCCCUGGCUGGGUUCUCCUAAUACAGAGUUGGUGCAAAUUUAUGUGGCAGUGAGAGGAGAGCUGUGUUWCCAGUUUGUCUGAGUGUGGUCUGCAAGUGGCCUGUAGCGGUUUUAGCCUAGACUUCAGUAGCAAAUAAAGUUUCACUAAGAUAAAGAAUGUAAUUUAAAGUACAUAGGGGUCUAGAAGAAUCUUUAUUUUUAUUUAUGCUGCACUGAGGAUUUAGGGACAUGAAUUUAUUUAAUGAAAAUUAUAAAUUACAAUAAUAAAAAAUGUAUUAGACCAAGUACAGGGCUGGCUAGGCUACCCAUAMAUACUUUACUAUUCAUAUUGACCCAAAAAGGGAAAGAAGAUGACACAGGAAUCCAUUCCUAUGUUUUUUUACUAAGUAGUGAGGUUGGGGGUAAUAAGCUUCUAUAAACUAAGGCCAUUUGGAAGUAGGAUGGAAAUUAUGCUGACAAGGGGAGGGAGGAUUAUUUUUUUAUCUCACGGCUGUGAGUUUUCAAGAACUGAUAGCCUGUUUUACCUGAAGAGAAGGUUAGAAAGGGCUAGAUCCAUUAUGUUCAUAAUAAACAAGAAUUGGUUUGAAAUAUAAUUUUUGUAAUGUCAUUAUUUUGCAAAACAACAGCACCAGUCAGGCAGUUAAGAUAUUGUCAAAGGUGCUCUUUUAAUUUAGAUAUUCUUGGAAAAUACAUAUGUAUAAUAUAUGUACAUAUAUAUAUAUAUACACACAGUAUAUAAUCUACAGCUCUGAGAGCUUUUAAGUCAGGAAUGCUGAGUAUUAUAGUAUAUGGAGGUCAGAAAAAAAUUUUUACUUUUCUGUGAGUGUCUGGGUGUGUGUGGAUGUGUGUGUGUGUGUGUGUGUGUGUGUGUGUGUGUGUGUGUGAAAGCUUCCCCCCACCCCAGUAGCUCUGGGCUGCGUUAUUCUAGUGCUUAUUACUGAUUUAUUUUGUGCUGUUUCUCAGUUAUCCAUUUUCAAGGAUUUUAUUUCAUCUUUUGUGGACUUUGUGAGGUUUGUUUUUUAUUGAUGAAGAUUUUUAAAAUUGUGUAAACAGUUGUUUUACAACCACCACCACCACCCAGAGUAAUUCACUUUUGUGCUUUUUCUCUUUGGCAGCUAUAUAUCAAAGGCAAAACAUUUGGAAAGGUUGUUAAAGUGUUAUUUUCUAAAGGAACCACUGGUAAGACUUCUGUUUUCCUCCUGGGGUAGUGGCGAUGCAUUUUUACCUAGGCAGCAAUUUCACCAGCACUGGUAGUUGCUGGCACCAUUGCUUGUAUCUGAAAGCACAAUUUUAGCCUGUCGUGCUUGUCAGGACUGCUCAGACACCCUCACUUCUGGCUAGCCUGUAGUUGGCAUUUCCAUUGUCUUCUCUGGUACUUGUACAUUGGUCAGAAAAUUGGAGGGGCAUUUGGAAUCAUUAACAGGCUCAGGAAAAAGAAGAUUUCAUAAGGAAAAAUAGCCCUGMUAGUUUCUGACCUAAAUUGGUACCACAGGUUGUUUAUUUUAAAUCUGGGCUUCCAGUAAACUGCAGCAGCAAGUAGUCAUCUGUUAAUGAAAACUGGCCUCUGCUUCUUUAU